AGACGGGCGCGCGCGCUCCACAGACGGGAACCGUUUUUGUGGAGGUUGUGGCGGCAGUGGCAGUUCCUGGCAUCUGGGAGCGCCGCCAAGCCCACAGCACUGUCGACAUGGAGCCCGAGCCCGUCACGCUCCUGGUGAAGAGCCCCAACCAGCGCCACCGCGACUUGGAGCUGAGCGGCGACCGCAGCUGGAGCGUGAGCCGCCUCAAGGCCCAUCUGAGCCGCGUCUACCCCGAGCGCCCGCAUCCAGAGGACCAGAGGUUAAUUUACUCUGGGAAGCUGUUGUUGGAUCACCAGUGUCUCAGGGACUUGCUUCCAAAGCAGGAAAACCGGCAUGUUUUACAUCUGGUGUGCAGUGUGAAGAGUCCCUCCAAAAUGCCAGAAGCCAGCGCAAAGGUUGCUGAAUCCAUAGAGCAGCCCGCUGGUCUCAAUCAGGGACAGUCUCCUGGGGAUUCCUCAAGUGACGGUUUAAGGCAAAGGGAGGUUGUUCGGAACCCUUCUCCCUCUGGAUGGGAGAAUAUCUCGAGGCCUGAAGCUGUCCAGCCUGCGUUCCAAGGCCUGGGGCCUGGUUUCUCAGGCUACACAACCUAUGGGUGGCUGCAGCUCUCCUGGUUCCAGCAGAUAUACGCACGGCAGUACUACAUGCAGUACUUAGCAGCCACUGCUGCAUCAGGGGCUUUUGUCCCCUCGCCAAGUGCACAAGAGAUACCUGUGGUCUCUGCGCCUGCUCCAGCCCCUAUCCACAACCAGUUUCCAGCUGAAAACCAGCCCGCCAAUCAGAACGCUGCUCCUCAAGUGGUGGUUAAUCCUGGGGCCAACCAGAAUUUGCGGAUGAAUGCACAGGGUGGCCCUAUUGUGGAAGAAGAUGAUGAGAUAAAUCGAGAUUGGUUGGAUUGGACCUAUUCAGCAGCUACGUUUUCCGUUUUUCUUAGUAUCCUCUACUUCUACUCUUCCCUGAGCAGAUUCCUCAUGGUCAUGGGGGCCACCGUAGUUAUGUACCUGCAUCAUGUCGGGUGGUUUCCGUUUCGACAGAGGCCAGUUCAGAACUUCCCGAAUGAUGGUCCUCCUCAGGAAGCUGCAAAUCAGGACCCCAACAAUAACUUCCAGGAAGACCCUGAUCCUGAAAUUGCAGACCCCAACCGCCUCCCUCCAGACAGAGACGUAGUGGAUGACGAGCAAACCAGCCCUUCUUUUAUGAGCACAGCCUGGCUCGUCUUCAAGACUUUCUUUGCCUCCCUUCUUCCAGAAGGUCCUCCAGCCAUAGCAAACUGAUGGUGUUUGCUCUCUGGCUGCUAGAGGCUUUGGCAGGCGUGGACUGGAUCAUCUGGCUCUGGCUAGAUUUCCUUACCUGGACGUGGCGAUGGCACAGAAUUAGUAAAAGAAUCAACAAAGAGGAUGAUAAUGCUUUUGUGAUUCUACAAAAGCAGAAAGUAAGACGUGAAGCCAUGAUACAAUUUGAUGAACAAAAAAUGCCUAAGGCUUCUCAUGUCCUUAUUCUGAAGAGCUUUAAUAUAUAUUGUUGUAGUUUAAUAGACAUUGUAAGUAGAAGGCAUUAGUGUCGCAUGUUUAUGCCUGAGGAACUUUUCCAGAUGUGUGUGUCUGCAUGUGUAUUUGUACAUAGAUGUCAUAGAUGCAGAAAUGGUUCUGCUGGUACGAUUUGAUUCCUGUUGGAAUGUUUAAAUUACACUAAGUGUACUACUUUAUAUAAUCAAUGAAAUUGCUAGACAUGUUUUAGCAGGACUUUUCUAGGAAAGACUUAUGUAUAAUUGCUUUUUAAAAUGCGUGCUUUACUUUAAACCAAGAGGAGCUUUGCAGAGGUGAAAACCUUUGCUGGGUUUUCUGUUCAAUAAAGUUUUACUAUGAAUGA